ACAUACUAUUUGUAUUGUAUAUGUAGUUAAGUAGGUACUCAUCUCCCGUGAUAAAAAUUUUCAAUUUAUCCGAAGUUAACAUAAUUAUAUCAUGUAUUUUGAGUUGACGGGUCGCAGUUUAUAGAUGAAUGUUGGCCAGGUGAGUGACCCGAAAGGUGGUUCAGUGAUUCUCAAAAUAGAGAGAUUCAAUUUUUUUCUGUAAAAAUUAUAAAACACAGAAAAAAUUGACAAAUUUGUUUCAAAUUCGAGUUGAUGGCGCAGUUGGACUUUUUUAAUGAUAUAUUGCGAAAAACAAUUUUUUCGGACGCAAUUAACCAACUUGAGCGAGAAAAACCAUGAAAAAAAUCAGUUUCUUGAGUUUUUUGAGGGUUUCCCCUACAUAAAAAAUUCUGAAAAAAAUUAUGUUUUACAUCUAGAUGAAGCACAUAAAAUAUAUUUUGGUAUAUUUUUUUAAUAAUUGCACUUCUGAAUGAAGUGACCAAAAAGGCGGAUUGAAAGCUAAAAAUGCGCGUUUUUCCUAUAGAAGAUUACGUUUGAAACAAUUGGAUCAAAACUGCCAAAUUGUAGACAAUUUUCAGCUAAAAUGCCAAUUUCACUCGACUUUGAAAGGAUUAGAGGUGAUUUAGCGAUCUAAAAAUUUUAUCAUAGGCGUUUGGAGCUCCUAAGAAAUGACUUCCGCUGAAGCUGAUAUCGCAGAAAUUGAGUGGCUGAUGAAUGAUAAACCACCUAACAAAUGGCCGAGACCAAUUCAUCGAGAAUUCAAAGGUUUCCAAUUGAAGAUCAAGGAAUGUGAAGAGGAAAAUGAGGGAAAUUAUACGUGUAUAGUAUAUCCGAAUGGCACCAAGACCGAAAACAUCUCUCAUACAUUUCAAGUUCGUGUAGAAAAAAAACUUCCUCCUACAGAAUUCAUCACAGAAAAGCCACAAAAUAAUACAGUGAAACUUGGUGAUUCGUGGAGCUUUAAAUGCCCACUAAAGGAUCCUUCCCUUGAAAUCCAUUGGUAUAAAGUUAAUUUGCUAACCACGAAUUAUACACCAGAUAUGCAAGACGUAGAUAAUAUGGGACAUGAUGCUGAAGAAUUACAUUUUUUAAAUGUAUCUUUGGAGGAUGCAGGUUGGUAUUCAUGUCGCGUUCUGGAUCAGGAGUCCAGAGAGGCGUCUGCAAGCGCUUAUUUAACCGUCACUAAUCUUUCUUGGUAUGAAGAAAAUAAGACUUUAGUGAUUGGGACUUCGGUACUGUUCUGUUUUUGCGCUGUUGUUCUUGUACUUGUUCUUGUUAUACUUGGUUUUCGCAGAUCGAAUAAAUAGGGAAUUGAAUGACAAAGAAACACCGAAGAAUUGGAAAUGACAAACUGCUCAAGAUCAGAAACAGAAUGUUUCCAACCAUGAUCAAAAAUGCAAAACUGUUAGCAAAAAUUAAAAUUAUUGUGCUUUACUAUGUGAUUGUAAUAUGAAUGAAUAAAAAAUAAUAUCGUGUGUUUCUCAUCAUUGAGAGAUUGUUAUAGGCUAGGUAGUAGGUAUACCUAUAAUUACACGCAUUGAUAGAAUAAACGCUUUAGAAACAGAA